GAAAAAGAUCGAUCGUACGGCGGAAGUUGCGCACCUAACGUCCACCAGAGGGUGCUGCGAUUUGUAUCUCCUGUUUCGAAGCCGGGGCGGCAGACAUUGUUUCCCAAACUGCGGUUUAAAUCAAAUCUGUCCAGAUGAUGGUGGAAGAUAGGGCUUCGGCCAAAGAACUUGACCAAUGGAUAGAGCAACUGAACGAGUGCAAGCAACUGUCAGAAAACCAAGUGAAAACACUCUGUGAAAAGGCAAAAGAAAUUUUGUCUAAAGAGUCGAAUGUCCAAGAAGUAAAAUGUCCUGUCACAGUUUGUGGAGAUGUGCACGGGCAGUUUCAUGACCUGAUGGAGUUGUUUAGGAUAGGUGGCAAGUCCCCAGACACAAAUUACCUCUUCAUGGGGGAUUACGUGGACAGGGGGUACUACUCUGUAGAAACAGUCACACUUCUAGUUGCAUUAAAGGUUAGGUUCAAAGACAGAAUAACAAUUCUACGAGGAAACCAUGAAAGUAGACAAAUCACACAGGUUUAUGGCUUUUAUGAUGAGUGUUUGCGCAAGUAUGGCAAUGCCAAUGUAUGGAAGUAUUUCACAGACCUCUUUGACUAUCUCCCUCUCACUGCACUUGUCGAUAGCCAGAUCUUCUGUUUACAUGGUGGCCUCUCUCCAUCAAUAGACACACUAGAUCACAUCAGGGCAUUAGACAGAAUACAGGAAGUUCCUCAUGAGGGCCCAAUGUGUGAUCUGUUGUGGUCUGACCCUGAUGACCGUGGUGGCUGGGGGAUCUCUCCUCGUGGAGCUGGCUACACGUUUGGUCAGGACAUAUCCGAGACAUUUAAUCACAGCAAUGGUCUCACGCUUGUAUCAAGAGCUCAUCAGCUUGUUAUGGAGGGUUACAAUUGGUGUCAUGACAGAAAUGUAGUAACCAUCUUCAGUGCACCCAACUACUGUUACCGAUGUGGCAAUCAAGCUGCAAUUAUGGAACUGGACGAUUCACUCAAAUAUUCUUUCUUGCAGUUUGACCCAGCUCCUAGACGAGGUGAACCCCAUGUUACCCGCCGGACACCUGACUACUUCCUGUAAUGUGUGAUGGAAGUGAGACUAUAGAGAUGGAGUUGAGGAAUAUUAAAUUCUUCAAAUACAUAGACUUUGACACGAAGGCAGUACAAAUUGUGCUUACUUCUUGAUACUAAUUAACGCAGGAAACUUGUGUUUGUCAUUGGUUUCUUCCUUGAAAAUCGAACAAAUACAUCCUCUCAUGAAUAUAUAGAGCAAUAUUGCACCGCUGGCCACAUAGCAGAACCUUGUGUGGCCUAUGUAGUGCUUUCUCUAUCAGAUACUUUAAGAUAUUGUCAUCUUUUCUUAAUUAUUGAUUCUAAUGUGGGAUCUCUUGUAAUUAGAUGUCAAAAAUAGGGAGUAUUAUAAUUAUGCCACCAGAUUAUCUGCCAAGAAUUUACAGAUUAAAUGUGAUGUAAAGAUAGAACAGUGCAUGAAGUUAAACAAUUAUUUUCUUUUAAGGAAGGGACAAGAUACAGAUUCAUCUCACAAUUGUGUAAUUAUUUCUUGUCAGUUUUUGUUAUAUUUUUAAAAAUGUUUGUUACACAAACACUUUGUUGCUCCGCCAAAUUUUUAUUCGUCUUGAGUCCAUUUACCAUCUUUGUUGUGUAGUUAGGUGUGACAAUCAGUUGUGACUUGCUUAUAUCGCUAACAAAAUAAUUGGUUAACAAGGAGGAUAAUUACAUGUUCAUUUCCCUUUUAUCAUAAGUAUUCACCGGCUGUCCUCUGAAACAUCCACACUGAUUGUGUAAUUCAUUUGUGUCAAGAACGAUAGACACACUGUUGUAAAUCUGUGGACAGCAAAGAUGACCUGUUCUUUCUGUGGAUUUGUGGAAGUAUUUAUGGGUGGUAUACAUGUAUAUAGAAAUCUGUAAAUGGAUUACAAUGUAAUGGUGUAUUUAGCACAAGCAGCAGCAGCCAACUUGUCCUCCCAUGUAGCAGUGCUCCCAGAUCAUCCCAGUUCAUUUGAUUUUGUCUAGCUGUUCAGAAUUGUUUGGUUGCCAACAACUCAUGCUAUAUCUAUGUAUGUAAAAUAAAUAAUUUUCAAAGACA